UGCUGUUCCGCCAGACGGAGUGAGAGGGAUAAGAAAGUGGGAAAGGCUGGAUGUAGGGGGGUUUACAGAAGGUUGCCGAGAUUCGUUUUCUUGUUUUUUUAAAGAGUGGUAGGCCUACACCAAAGAUUAACAGAAUACACAGCCAAAAUGCUUUGCCACGUUACUCGUCCGGAUUCGGUGGUGAUGGAAGUGGAAGUUGAUGCGAAGGCGAACGGUGAGGACUGUCUGAACAAGGUUUGUAGAAAGUUGGGUAUAAUUGAAGUGGACUACUUCGGACUGCAGUUCUCAGGCAGCAAAGGGGAGAACCUGUGGCUGAACCUGAGGAAUCGCAUCUGCCAGCAGAUGGAUAACGUGACCCCCUGUCGGCUGAGGCUGCGAGUCAAGUUCUUUGUGGAGCCCCAUCUCAUUUUGCAGGAACAGACAAGACACAUCUUCUUCUUGCAUGUGAAGGAGGACCUGCACAGCGGUCAUCUGCGCAUGGGGUCAGAGCAGGCAGAGGAGCUGAGCGCCUUCCUGGCGCAGGCCGAGUUCGGUGACUACAACCAAAACACAGCCAAGUACUGGUACUCGGAGCUGAGUGGAGAGGAGCCCAGUCCUGCCACCAUUAACAGCAUCAUCACCAGACACAAGGCCCUGGAGGGUUUGAGCCAAGGCUCCGUGGAGUACCAGGCCCUGCAGCUCGUCUCCUCUCUGGAGCAUUAUGGUGUGGAGUGGCACUGGGCCCGCGAUGCCGAUGGCCAGCGGCUGGCCAUUGGGGUUGGCCCUGAGGGCAUCGCUGUCUGCAAGGAGGACUUCAGCUUAGUCAACAGAAUAAGUUAUCCCAUCAUCCAGAUUGCCACCCAGUCGGGAAAGAGUGUGUACCUGACGGUGACCAAGGACACCAGUGACAGCGUGGUGCUCUUGUUCAAGCUCAUCAGUAACCGGGCGGCCAGCGGCCUAUACCGGGCCAUCACAGAGACUCACGCUUUCUACAGGUGUGACACAGUGACCAACGCAGUGAUGAUGCAGUACAGUCGCGACUUCAAGGGCCACCUGGCCUCACUCUUCCUCAAUGAGAACAUCAACCUGGGCAAGAAAUACGUCUUUGAUAUACGACGUACCUCCAAGGAAGUCUACGACCAUGCCCGCCGCGCCCUUUACAACGCAGGCAUCGUGGACCUGGUCGCUCGCUCUGGCAGUGGCGAGCGCACGCCCCCCUCCCGCUCCCCGAGCAGAGACAACCAGCACGACGAGGGGCUGGACUGUGGCAGCUGCCAGCAGAGCCGAGCCCUGCAGGAGAGGCUGCAGAAGCUGAGGGAGGCGCUGCUGUGCAUGCUGUGCUGUGAGGAGGAGAUCGACGCAGCGUUCUGCCCCUGCGGUCAUAUGGUGUGCUGCCAGACGUGCGCAAAUCAGCUCCAGACAUGUCCUGUGUGUCGGUCCGAGGUGGAGCAUGUGCAGCACGUCUACCUGCCCACCUGCACCAGCUUGCUGAACCUGACGCUGACCGACAACCACCGCCACCGCAGCAGCAGCCCCACGCCCAUCCACAGAGGCAUGGCCGCCCCUCACACCUGCUCCACUACCGAGUACGACCACAAGAUCUACCACACGUCAUAAAGACUGCUCCCCAAAACCCACAAAAACUCCAGUAUUGAACCAGCCGGAUCAAUGUUCAAUGUUCCAACGCAGACGGAGGACGCAGCCUUCUCCAUCUGUGCGUUUUCUUCACGAACCACCAAACCUAAAGAAACUGAGCAUACACCAAGGUUGGCGUACCGAAACCACUCCCUCAGCUGGUGUUUGUUUCAUCGCUUGUUUUCCUCCAUCUCAUCAUGCUUAGUCUCCAUCUUUAAUAUUCGUCUGGUUGGUUAUUUUUCCUGUUUGAUUGGUUUGGUUACCAUCUGACACAGCAGCGAUACAGUGUUUUUGUUUUUUAAGCAUUGAAAAAUCCAUGCCUCAGUUGUAUUUUACAUUAGCCUCUUAUUUUAUUUUUUAAUUAAAUUAUUGCAUCAGUUGAUCUGAUAUGCAGUAGAAACACUAUUUCUUUUGUGCUUUUGAUUUGUACCGUAUGAGAAAGUUCUGUGCUUUAGGAGAAUAGCUCAAUACUGUACAUAACGGAUGGAGUAAAUUAAUUUUUGGCAUUUCUAAAAUUCCCUGCCAUUUUAAAGCGUGUCUCUUUUUGAUUUGAGGAUUUAGUUUUAUGAUGUAAUGGAGUGAAAUGCAUCUUUUUUUUUCUGCUUGUUUGUGUUUGUUGUUUGUGUUCCAUGUGUUCCAUGCCAAUGAGGAGGUCUCUAGAGGCUAAGAAGCACUGCUCUGGGUACAGCACUGCAUACUGAUUAGACACAAGAGGCGAUAAGGCCACCUUUGUCCCAUUCAUGUGCAGAUCUCUGAGUGGAUGGGGGGUGAGGGGUGUUGGGGUUCCCAGAAACUCCCAGAAAGUUCUGUGAGCCUACCAGAACUGUGACACCGAAAGACAAAUGUCUGGCCGACGCUCCCCUCACUCUUCUUACCUUGAAAACGGGUCUUGAAGAUUAACUGCCACUUGCCAAAACAACAAACCCAGUUUCACAGACUGCUGCACCUCUACUCCACGUUCUUAUCUCCAUACCAACAGAAACCCGGAAAUUAGAGCACAAACAAAAAGCUCUUCUUUUCCUGCAAGAUACGUAACCAAGAGGUAGUCUACUGACAUCCUUGCUUUCUUACUUUUUUUUUUUUUUUUUUUUUUAGAAAAAUGUAUGUAAUUGCCCAGUUGCUUCCUCUGAACAGCCUCAGUGAUAAAUGUCCUCUGAGGUCUGCUAGUGAGUUCCUUCUGGUUAUUUUUAAAAGGGUACUAGGAGAUCUAUCCGUGCAAUACUAGCUUGCUUUUCGAAGAGCUUUUUUCAUUUUUCUCAAGUUUUAUAUUAAAAAAAUGGAGAAAAACACCGUCACUUUACCAAGGAAGUUUUUCCAAGCGUCUGUAGGGGGUUUGGCCUUAAUGUAGCAGCAGCAUCGUGUUUAUUGAUUCUAUAUUCUUUGCACAGACUUUUUGUUUUUGUUGUCAUUCUGGUGAGAGUAGGAAUAAUUUUCUUUUUCUUUAACGCUGACUCUGUUGAGCUCAGUCACUGCAGGGGAAGGACUUUUAUUAUCUCUCCACAUUGUACAAGUAGUGAUUUGUUUCUGUUUUCUGAAGCAAAAGCCACUAUGCUCUGUAAAAUAUACAAAUAACUCUUAGGAUUAAAUCCUUUUAUAUAUUAUGCUUUGAACAUGAGAGAAAGUAUUAAUAAAAGAUGUUUUUUAAAACAAAA